UGCAUUUCUCUUUAUUAAAAACUCAUCAAAGAUACCAGGCUUAUAAUAAGUGCUCAGUUUCUACAAAUGUUUGUACUUUUUCAUUAAAUCAAAACUGUUACUUAUGUCUACUGGGAAUUUUACUCUGCUAAUGGAUAACUUUGUUAGAAAACAGUAUUUAAUUGUCUGUUGAUGAUUAGACUUAUUUUAAUGGUUAUGUCAGUGUUUCCGUAAUCAUCCAGGAAAAUAUUAAAUUGUGUACGUAAUUGCUCAGAUGGAAUAUUAAACCCAAAGGCCAUCAUCGGCAAUAAAAGAGAUAAUGCAGCUAUCAGUUUCUGAAAAUAACGUAACGAAUUGUUUGCCAUUGGGAAAGGCUGACUUGAAAUACAAAGAGUUUUACGAAACAUCACAGUUCAUUACAGGGCUCAUAUUAUAUCCGACAAUAUGCAUACCAGGUAUAUUAGCCAACAUGAUAACUUUAAUCGUACUAUCGAAGAAAAACAUGUUGACAUCCACAAAUGCCUUUCUCAGUGCACUUGCUGUUUCAGACAGCGUGAAAUUACUUAAUGACAUUAUUUACUUCUCCGUGACUCUUCUGUCUAAAACUCACAAAGCAGAAGCAAACAAGGCCUUUGGUUAUAUAUAUCCGUAUGCACAUUUCAUUUUCAACAUGUCGGCAUGUAUUUCCUCUUGGUUGACAGUAGCAGUUGCUGCGGAGCGAUAUAUAAUGGUCUGUCAUCCCGUUAGAGCAAGACAAAUAUGUAGUAGAUCGAGAGCUAUUACGACGAGUGCAUUGAUUUAUUUUGUAAUGACUUGCGUUGCUAUUCCUUCUGCUAUGAGAUACAAAACUAUAUUAGUAGUUGAUAAAGACACUAAUACAACGCAAUACUUUGUUGAAAUAACAGCAUUAUGGCAAAAUGAAACAUUUGCUUCGGUGUAUAAUUGGGUUCAGAAUUUCUUACGAUGUAAUAUUCCCUUAUUGAUUCUGAUAACCUUGAACACUUGUAUAAUAAAUUCAAUUCGAAAAUCUAGAGCGAAUAAACGGAACAGUGCACGUCACCGAGUAACAAUAAUGAUGGUUGUUGUCAUGGUAACGUUCAUGAUCUGUAUCACACCGGAUGCCAUUAUGACGACAUUUUUUGGAUAUGGCUACCACGAGGAGGAAGAUUUUCUAGUCAAAGGGAUACGAGAAUAUUCGGAUACACUUUUGGCACUGAAUGCAGCUGUGAACUUUGUUAUUUAUUGUUUAUUUAGCAGAACAUUUGUAAAAAAUUUUGUGGCCUUAUUUUGCACUCAUUUGAAAAAGAAAAAAACUGAACUAGAAGAAGAAACGUACAGACGCCUUUCGGAGUCUACAGCAAUGCAUAAAUCAAAACGAGGCAGUGCAGUUUGAUGUUUCAUAAAAAAUAGCCAUAAAAAGUGAUAUUGCAAAACUCCGCCCGCACUUAAAUCAAGAACAAACGGUACCCAAAUCUAUGAUAUUACGAGAGAGAUCUGUUCGUAUAUGUUAAAUUUGCUCUUGUUGAGCACAGUUAUCUUUUGGUUGUUUUUUAAACGCCUUUUUCAGUAAGUGAAAAAAAUGAAGUUUUGUUUAUAAUUUUGAUAUGUUAAAUGUUUAAUGACAAGGAUUAGUUCAUUGUAAUACGAACUUUCUAUGUAGACAAGUUGUCUAAAAAAAAAAUUUUUUCGACUCCGACAAGAUUCAAAUUCAUGAUAUCUUAUAUCACAAGAAAAUUAUAAAUUAUACACAAUCCUUCGAGGUUUACCAUUUGGUUAUUUCAUUAUCUAUUAAGUCAAAUGGCAUAGAUCACGACUAGAAAUAAACGUGUCAGUCUCUUUAAUUUUAUUGAAUAAGAACAACACAUGUAUUUGUCCUCAGUUUUCCUGUAAAAUGUAAAUAUUUCAAUUAACGCAGGUUCUGUGAUAAACAUUUAUUAUUGUAAAUUAUAACUUAAAAUAUUGGGCUGCUUUAUUUAUUUCCAAAUAUAUAUGUUAAUGCU